AUGCGAGUACGUAACGAUCUUCUCAAUUAUUUCAAUGAAAUGAACGCAUUUAUGCAAUCCAUGCGUCCAUGUACUAUAAACACAUUCAGAAUUGAUGGUUUUGAUAAACGAAUUCGAGCCAUGAAACAAGAAAUGGCAGAUGUAGGAAAAGUUCAAACAGAACCGUACAUGAUUGACAAAUUUGGCAACGUUAUCGAUAAUAGAGUGCUGCUCAAUCUUUCAUUAACCACAGAUGGAGCAGACGAAAUUGCCAACGCCGUCAACUAUCCACGCGGAUAUUUCUUCAAAUUGAGAAAACAUCCGAUUAAACUCUUAUCAAUUCAGGUGAAAUCUACACUGACUACUGGUCAAAUUGUGGCUUAUAUCAUAGAUAAUACUGGCACUAUCGUUGCCAAAGAAGGGACAAAUCCGAAUCAAUUGACUCAAUGGACAACAAUCCCGACUAAUAUCGAAAUCAGACAAAACUAUGCUAUACUGGUUGAUGUGCAAAACGGUGGAACGGGGACAGUUCUAAUGAAAUCCGAUUCCACAACAUUUCGUCAAAUUAGUGAAAACUGUUCAAUUGCAAGUUCGUAUAUUCAUAAGAAAACGUUCAAUGGAAAUGUUGGAGAUAAAGACGCACAAGUUGAACAAAACUCAUUUGCCGUCGAAAUGAUUUUAGAAAUUGAAAAUUCGUAA